AUGACCGACCAUAAUUCAUCAUCAAAACCUAAAUUUACAUUAGAUGAAUUUAUCAACUAUACAGAUUUUUUAUCUUUGACACUUGCGCCGGACAAUAAUGAAUCGAUUCUUAUUCAAACAAAACAUCUUAUGUGGGAUCAAAAUAUCAAUGAAUAUCGUCUCUAUCUUCAAUCGCUCAAUAGUCAGAAUAGAAAAUUGGUGACUAGCAGUGCCAUGGGCUCACCGAAACCACUCUGGCAAGGUGAAUGGAUUGUCUAUAUAGCUCGAAACACAUUGAAUAAUGCUGCCAAUGAACAACAAGUGUAUAUGAAUAUUUAUUCGACUCUUACUGAACAAACAUUUCCUAUUGCAGUAAGAAAAGAGCCUAUUCACGCUUUUACUUGGUCGAAUACAAAUACUUGUCUUUACUUUGCAUCACGAACUCAAUUAUCAAACGAAUACUAUAAAGCAUACAAUGAGCAAUGGAAUGAUGUCGUUGAAUAUCGAGAUAAUGAACGAGGUGAUACAAUCUAUCGUAUCGACAUUACAGAUUUAAGCCGAGUGAAAAUUGAACCUGUAUUUAAUAUUUCAUUGCACGUGCUCGAAUUAAUCUGUGCACCAGAUGGAGUCAAUGGAUGA